AUGCUGGCCGAUGAUGACGCCGAGAGUAGCAACAACAACAAAGCCAUCACCAUCAAGACGAUCCCGGAGAAGGGCAUGGCCCCGGAGGAAAUCCUCAAGGAAAUGGAAAUACUCCGCAACAAGGACGUAUCGGCCGAAGAUGGCUCCCUUUUCGCCUUUGUUUACGAUGCCGUCAGCGCCAAACUUUUGGAGGAGGCAUACGACAUGUUCGCCCACGAGAAUGGCCUCAACCCGAUUGCCUUUCCCUCUUUGCGCCAGUUUGAGACCGAAGUGAUUAGUAUGACUGCCAGCAUGUGCCACGCCGCCGUCUCUGAUUACCUGCUGGCCCCUUGUGUAGGCACUGAGUCGAUCCUGUGCGCCAUCAAGGCCUAUCGUGAUCGUGCCCGCAAGCUUAAUCCUUCCAUCACUGAACCCGAAAUUGCAAGUGUGGCGCCCAUCACCGUGCACCCCGCUUUCAACAAGGCUGCCGCAUACUUCAACCUGAAGAUGGUUUUGGUUCCCGUUGAUGAGAAUGGUCAAGCCCAGGUGGAGGCUGUAAAGAAGGCCAUCACUCGCAACACCGUUCUCUUGGUCAUGUCAGCUCCGCAGUACCCCCAUGGCGUGGUGGACCCCGUGGAGGCCGUGGCUGCCAUUGCCCUGCGCAAAGGACUGCCCCUGCACGUGGACGCCUGCUUUGGCGGUUUCAUGCUGCCUUGGGUUGAGAAGCUGGGCUACCCUGUCCCCACCUGGGACUUCCGCGUGAAUGGCGUCACCUCCAUCUCUGCUGACAUCCACAAGUAUGGAUGGGGAGCCAAGGGUGCCAGUGUCCUCCUGUUCCGCAAUGCUGAGCUGCGCUCCCAUCUCUUCUACGCCUAUGCGGACUGGCCUGGAGGUCUCUUCGUCUCUCCUUCCCUCGUCGGCACGCGCCCGGGUGGAUACAUUGCCGCCUCCUGGGCAACCCUCAAGUUCCUGGGACAGGAAGGCUACAUGGCCAAGGCCAAGGCUGUCAUGGAGACCACUGAAGCCAUCAAGCGCGCUGUCGGCGAAAUCGAGGGCAUCAAGAUCCUGGGCACCCCGCACAUGACCGGCAUCUCCAUCGUGAGCGCCAGUCCCCAGAUCAAUGUCCUGAUCCUGGGCGACAUGAUGGAGAAGCGUGGCUGGAAGCUGGAGAUGCAGCAGAAUCCCUCAUCUCUUCAUCUUUCCAUCAUGCCUCACCACGUUGCUCGCGUUCAAGAUCUCGUCGCCGAUUUGCGUGAGUUGGCCAUGGGCAAGAAGGCGGACGACGAAGGCAUGGCAGCCAUGUACGGCAUGACGGCCAACAUUCCAGACAGCUCCAUCGUGUCCGACUUUUUGGCCAAGCUCAUGAGCGACGUCUACACGUGCCGCACUUGA